UCGAUACCUGGGACUUGUAUCACCUGUAGACUUGAUCAUAAACUGAAACCAACGGGCUUUAUUUUCAGCCGGUACAAUUUAUGCAGUUGAUAACAGAUAAAAACUCGACAGAGGGCCAACAGUUAUAAACUUGCGCGGGGAAAAGAUUUCUUGCCAAAGUCGGAGAUGGCAAUGGGUAAAAUAUUUCGAGUGUUUCAUAAAUUACCACCCGACCAAGAUACUCCAUACAGUGUUAUCCUAGAAAACAAGAAUCAAGAAGAUACUUUGAUGUUUGAAUCAAAUGCAAUAGUCGUCUUAACAUCCUCUGAAGGAGAAACUGUGAAAAAACUGUAUACAAAGCUUUUAGAUGCAUAUGGUUGCCUAGGUGUGUUAAAUCUGAAUGGAGGUAAUCAAGCUAUUCUAUACAUGGUGUUAGUAACAUCUUGUAUAUCUGUAGGAAAGAUUGGAGAAACAGAAGUGUUUAAGAUAACUGCAGUCCAACUGCUGUCAUUACGUAAUGAACCAUCAGAUGAAGAUAGGGUUGUUGAAGUAAAAAAAUUGUUGAGUUCGGGAACAUUCUAUUUCACAUGGUCUGCACAUGGUUCCCCUUGGGAUUUAAGUCUGUGUGCCCAGAGAAAACAGCAAGAUCAGGAAUCAGAUAAUAGAUUUUUUUGGAAUCGUCUGCUUCAUGUUCAUUUUCGAAGAUAUGGUAUUCAAUGUGACCAAUGGUUAUUAAAGAUUAUGUGUGGAGCUGUGGAAAUAAGAACUAUUUAUGCAUCCCACAGGCAAGCCAAAGCAUGUCUGAUAUCUAGAUUAAGUUGUGAAAGAGCUGGUACUCGUUUCAAUGUAAGAGGAACAAACGAUGAUGGUCACGUAGCAAAUUUUGUAGAAACAGAACAGGUAAUAUUUCUAGAUGAUCAGGUUUCUUCAUAUGUACAGACUAGAGGUUCUGUUCCAUUGUUCUGGGAACAACCAGGUAUUAAUGUUGGGGCACACAAAGUUCACAUGUCCAGAGGUUAUGAAGCAUCUGCACCAGCAUAUGAUAGACAUAUCCAAAUGAUAUGUAAACAAUAUGGUGAACAGGUUAUUGUCAAUCUUCUUGGAUCAAAAGAAGGGGAGAGAAUGUUAAGUCAGGCUUUUCAGAAUCAUCACAUGGCAUCUUCACAUAAGGAUAAAGUACCAUUUUGUCAUUUUGACUACCAUUCUGAGAUAAAAGGAAAUAAUUUGAAAAAUUUAGAAAAACUGAGGGCUAAACUUCAGAUGUAUUUAACAGAAUUUGGUUUUUAUUGUGGUGAUGCAACACAAAUAAUAAAAAAACAAAGUGGUACAAUAAGAACGAAUUGUUUGGAUUGUUUAGAUAGAACCAAUGCUGUUCAAGCAAUGUUAGCUAUGGAAAUUUUGGCAAGUCAAAUAAAAAGUUUGGGUUUAGACAACAAACCACAGAUGUUAUCAAGAUUUCAAGAAGUUUACAAACAAAUAUGGGGUUUAAAUGGAGAUCAUGUUAGCAGAAUUUAUGCUGGAACUGGUGCAUUAGGUGGUGGACGUUCAAAAUAUUCAGAUGCUGCUCGAUCAGCAACAAGGGCUAUACAGAAUAAUUUUCUAGACAAUAGUAAACAAGAAGCCAUAGAUAUUCUGCUUUUAGGAGAUACUUUAUUAGGAGAAUUAACGGAUAAAGCUAGAGCAUUACUAACGGCUCGCAGUUUGCAUGCUUCUUCAGACAUAAUACAGGCUAUGGUAACUAGAUAUAAGGAGUAUACAGUUCCGGUAAAAUUACGAAUAGGUGUUUGUACCUGGAACGUAAAUGGUGGAAAACAUUUUCGGAGUAUAGCUUAUAAACAUCAAUCUUUAGCUGACUGGUUAUUAGAUGCUUAUAAAACUGUAGCCAUGUCCAGACCAGGUGAUAUAGAUGACGAUAUUGACUAUACUACACCUGCUGAUAUCUAUGCUAUAGGUUUCCAGGAAAUUGUUGAUCUCAAUGCAAGCAAUAUCAUGAAAGCAAGUACAACUAAUGCCCAAGAAUGGCAAAAAGAAUUAAUGAAAACAAUAUCUCGUGAUUAUAAAUAUGUAGUUUUAACCAGUAUACAACUAGUUGGUGUUGUUCUGUAUGUCUUUAUCAGACCACAUUUAGCUCCUUAUAUUAGAGAUGUUGCAGUAGAAAAGGUCAAGACUGGUUUCGGUGGUGCCACAGGCAACAAAGGAGGAGUAGCUAUCCGAUUUCUGAUGCAUUCGACUUCUAUUUGUUUUGUAUGUGCUCAUUUAGCAGCUGGUCAGUCACAAGUGAAUGAUAGAAAUGCUGAUUAUACUGAAAUAAUGAGAAGAAUGUCUUUCCCCAUGGACCGUUCGAUUCAAAGUCAUGAUUAUGUAUUUUGGUGUGGAGAUUUUAAUUAUCGUAUUGAUAUGACAGGAGAUGAGGUUAAGGAAUGUGUGAAAAAUAAUGAGUUAGAACCAUUGCAGGAAUGUGAUCAGCUGAAUAAGGAAAGAGAACAAGGAAGGACAUUCCAGGGAUUCAAAGAAGCAAAAACUAAUUUCCCACCAACCUAUAAAUAUGAUCUGUUUAGUGAUGAUUAUGAUACAAGUGAAAAAUGUCGGGCACCAGCUUGGACUGACAGAGUUUUAUGGCGGCGAAGAAAUGUACUACCUGAACAAGAUGGGGAAGAUCAUUCUUUGGACUCUGACAAGCCAAUAUUAUAUACUAGGGCAGAAUUACGCACGUCGGACCAUCGACCAGUUAUAGCAAUGUUUGAUAUUGAGGUCUUGGCAGCCGAAGAAGAAAUCAAAGGAAAUAUAUUGCAAGAAGUAAUUAGUCAGCAAGGACCUCCAGAUGGUACUGUCAUUAUUUCCAUGGCAACAGGAACUAGUAUAACUGAUGAAAUUGUAGAUGAGAUUGUUGCAAUAUUUAAUGAAGUUGGAGAAAUAAUUGUUGUCAGAUUUGUUGGGGAAGAGAUGUGGAUUAUUUAUCGUAGGGGACGGUGUGCUCUUGAGGCACUGCAAUAUGACCAGAAAGUGAUUAGUGCUGGUGUAAUCAGUGUUCGAUUACGUACAGAAGACUGGAAAGCUGUUAUAGAGGAAGAAAUGAAGCUUUGCUCAGAAAAUACGGAAGCCAUGUGCAAUAUGUUUACAUAUAGUUUAUUGGGUGAUGAUUUUGAUGUACCAUCUCAGGAGUUCAGCAUGGAAGAUGUAGAUGAUGAUGAUGAGUUUUCAAGUGAAAAUCUAACAGUUACAAAUGCUGUAUCUUCACGUUCUAAUACACCACUUUCAGGUCGCAGUAGUCCAGCGAGAUCUGAUGAGGGCACAUCAGAUUCAAAAGGGAGACCACCUACUCAACAACAAUCAAAUAAUUGCCUUUCCAGUCAAAUUGGACCACAAGUGACAGAUUCAUCCCAAAAUAGUUUGGUAUCGUCAUCUUCAGAGAUUGUUAGAAAAGAGCCCCCUGCUAGACCAUUUACUCAACCUGCAAAACCUUCAGCCCCUCAACGCCCACCAGGCGGUCCUCCAACUUCUGCUCCAUCUACUGCACCAGGACUUCCAAGUAGACCUGGCUAUACACCCAGCAUACACAAACCACUAAGACCUCAGCCUUCAGCAAAAAUGAAGAAGGGCCAACAGGUCACAUCUAUUGGCCUUCCAAUGGGUGCAAUGCACCAGGGCCAUGCUUCUAAUGAAGCAGAAGCACGGAAUCUGAUUGAAAAACUAAUGAGUGGCACAAAUAUUCAACCACAACGGAUUUCAAUGCAUGGAAAACCAACUACAGCUUCUAUGGGGUUGCCUGACCAGAAACCAAUUGUGAGAAGCAAAACUGAUGAAAAUAUUGAUGAUAGAAACUUAGCUGAUACAAUAAAAAUUCCUGUACCAAAACAGAGAUUUCGAAGUAUGGAGAAACUGACAUCAGACUCACAACCCCUGAACAGUACUGCACCUUUUCAUAUAUCAGAAUCAUGCCUAACACCUACUAGAAGCUCAACACACAACAUGGACGAAAAAAUUGCAUUUAUUCAUUCCCUUGAUGCCCCUGUCAAUCUAGGCAGAGAAUCUCAAGUAGAUCCAUUUGAUACCAGUACUAUUCCAACUCAUUACAUGAAUAAACCACCACCACCAAUACCUGUUAGAACAGUAUUACAUCAGGACAACCCUACACAUUCCACAGAUAAUUUUAAGCCCUUAUCUCCACACCACUCAUGUCCUGAUAUAAGUCCCCCAGCAAUACCUGAUUCAAAUAUUACAUCUGAAGCUCCAUGUCCAAAACCAAGAUUUCACAAUUCAGAAAAAAAAAAAUCAAUGUUUCCACUAUUACCUGAUGAACUUCCGAGUGCAUCUGAAUCUAAACAAACAAAAUCAGGCCCUCCCCCUAUACCUAGUCGACCAGGAUAUCCUUAGGUACCUCAUCUUUAGAACAAGAUUUGUAGCCCACUAGGCCAAUGACUCGAAGGGAUUAUCUUUUUAAUUUAGUCCAGCAUCAGUUUGUCUAGCAUGAACUAUUUACGUUUUCAGCUUCUUUAGAAUCUCUGAUAUAUUAAAUAUAGGUAGUAUUAGUUGGUGGAAACCAUCUUAAAAAAGCAUAAAGCAGAUCAUGGUAAUGAAGCUUUUGUGGUCCUAGGGUAGCAUCUUUAAGGGUAAUAGGUAAGAUACACUUGUCAGCAUUAUCAGUCUUCUAUAAAUCUAUAACCUUUCUUUAUAAUUACUCAACUGUGUAUACAUUACAUAGUUAGUAAAAAGAUGCAUUAUGUUGGAGCUAAAUCUGCAGGCCCAGAAUUCACAAAGUAUUCUCAGACUUAAGUUAAGAAUUUACUCAACUUUCAAUCACUGUUUAAAUGAGAAAUAUCCUUGAUCCAGAAACACAAAACUUUGCACAUAGUUUCUUACUGAUGUAUUUGAUAUAUUAAAACAAAAGUUUUAUAAAGGGCUAUAUUUUAGUUAAAAUAAGAUGAACACUUUUGAGUAAAUUUUUAAUUUAAGCCUGAGAAUGCUUUGUGAACUUGGGACCAGGUCUUUUUUCUAGCUUCUAAUGUUAUAGAAAUUGGGCAUUUUUUCACUUGACAAGUCCAUAUCAACUCUCUGGACAUCAGAUCGCUGUGAAUGGACUAAAACCCAAUCGCCAUUUAAUAAUUUUUUGUAAAAAUGGAUGAUCAAGACUUUGCUUAUUAUCGUAGCAACAGUACUCAACAAUCAAGACUAUAUUGUGAAAACUUCAAACACUUAUAACUUCGCUCAGAAUAAUGUAAUUUAACUGAAAUUUUCUAGUAUUGACUAUCAGAUUAUGGGUUAAAAUUGGUAAAUCGUGGUCAAUUAUAUUACAUUUAUUAUUGAGGGAGAUUGCAAGUUUUUAAUGUGAUAUAGACAUAAAUAUUCUUAGCGUAGUUACAUUACUUCAGUGUACUGAUUAGAAAAUUUUGGCAUUGGAAAGCAUGUUAGAAAAUAGUUUAUUUAUUUCUUUCAUAGUUUUCUGAAAAUAAAUAUUUAGUGAUAAAUAUGUAGGCCCAAUAAUAUAGUCAACCAUAAAAAAGUUAAAGAAAAAUGGUAACAAAUGUUAUAUGGAACAGAAUUCAUGACAUAACGUUAACCUUAUAAUGCUAUGCAUGUAGUUUUAUUACCUACAAAUAGUAGCAUUCACACAUGCAAAUAUGGUAAUUUGGAUGACUAUACAUGCAAAUUAGCAUAGGCCUGAACAUUAGGUUAAGAGUUAGAAUUUUACUGUGAAUUCCACUCCAUACUGGAAGAUGUAGUUUAAAAUCACAGAUGAAUAACAAAAAAAGUCUUGCUUGGAUGUUAUUUACACCAUAUGUGAUAAUCAGCAUAAUGACAUACAAAAACAAAAGAACUCCAGAAAGUGUUAACAGUUAACUUUCUGUCGAUAAUUAUAGACAAAAGAUGUUAUAAUGAAGGUUGUUAUUUUACCGAAUGCUUUCUCAUUCUAAUCAGGACAGGAAACAAAAAGAAUGUGGUUUAAUAUCUCGGCAUUGUCGUAUUAACAUUAUGGUUAGGUUUUUUUUUUUUUUACUAUGUGCAAUACUAGAGAGAAGAAUUUGGCCCUGAAUAUUAUUACUGUUACCACCUGUUCUUAUUUGCCAAUUUGUACAUGAAUUUAUCUAGAUUUGUUAAACUUAUUAUUGUUAGGCUGAUUUGACAUUCUAAACAGUAAAAUAUUAACAAUAGCAAUUGAAAAGCCCCAGGGAAGAACGAUCUAAGUCACUUUUUCAACGAACCCCAGUUAAUGGUGCCAUCUGAUAGCAAAUUGUAUAAGCUUUCUGUGGAACAAUCAAUUUCUGGUAAAAACGAUCGGAGUCACAUCGAACCAAGGCCCUUCUGAAGUGGCCUCCCAAACAAAUACAAGUCCAUCAUACCCUUUAUUUAACCUUGUUGUUCUGGUAAUUAUGAUUUAUAUUAAACAUCAUUUUAAAGUUGUUAUUAAAAUCACUCGUUCUGUUCGCGUCUUGCAUUCUCGUCCAAAAGUCUGUUUUGCCUUUUAUGCGAAAAGACAAAAAUGUGACUUUGAUCGUUCUUCCCCUGGGCUCUUCAGUUGUAUAUUAGAGUUUAAUGAAAUCAUAUAAUAUUAUACAAAUUGAAACUUAGUCAGUUCCCAGGCAUUUUAGUGAGAAGUGGUGUGGUGUGGUGUGAAAGUCGCAGCAGUGUGGAAAAAGUUUUGUAAUGACACCCAAGUGCUGUUUAGUUGCUGCCACAGGAAGUGCCAAAUUGAAUGUUUGUAGGUGUGGGACCUGUUUUCCUGUUAAAAUUGUCUAAAAUAUAUCCCUAGCUAUCAGUAGAAGCAUCCUAAAUAUUUCUUAAUUUCUAAUUCCUAUUGACAACUCAUAUUUGGUGUCGAAACAUUUUUGCUGUUUUGAAGCGUUUUGCUGUUUAAAUUUCAGUGUCUUGGGAGCAAAGCAGUUAUGGGGGCAUCUUACUCUAAGUAUUGCUUAAACAGGCAUUAUGUAAAAGCUAAAUCUGCUUAUUGCAGGUCUUUCUUUGGGCCUUAAAUUAGACAUUUAUUAACAUGACAAGACCAUAAUCACCUCUAAAUGCCAUGGAUAGCUCUGAUUUUAAGUUGAUUAGAACGGUUUGGCUAUUUAUUGAUUUAAUUUAAAAAUGGAGAAACGAGGUAAGACUGGUUAUGAUCAGUUCACACAUCUUGUCAAAACUACAACCAUGAUAACUUUGCACAAAAUAAAGUAAUUUGAAUGAAAUUUUUAACACAUUCAUUUUACAUUAUCUAUUUUUGAAAUAUUAUAGCAAAUACGGCCAAUUAUUUACCAGUCUAUGGUGGUAAAAUUUGCCCCAGCUACCCCACCACACCACCCCACUCCACUUCACUGUUAUUAAUUGGUGAGUCAUACAUGUUAUUUAUCAAUUAUGCAUAAGCAGCUAGAUGAUACAAACAAAUUUCUGUAUGUCAUAUUGUUACUUAUAAUAUCUGUAUAAUAUGAUGAUUUGUUUUUAUGUUUUAUUUAUAUAGUUGUUUAUAUUUUGUAUUUUGGUUAUAUUUGAUCCAUACUACUGUUUAUUAGCUGUGGUGUGUACAUUAUAUUAUGUCUGACGAAAUC